UGCUUCCUUCCCACGCAACAUGCAUCACAUAUUUUCAUAGAUGUUUAUGAAUGCUUCCCCACCAAGGGAAAACAUGGAUUGAAUCUUUCAUACAGCCUUUUUAAAGCUGCCUCAGCAACGCUGCUCUUUGACCCCUCCCUGUUUGGAACUAAUGGAAACUCAAGGCCCCCCAGCUUACCCCCCACAGAAUGCCCUCUUGCCCUCAUGAGUAUGCAGUGACUCGCCCUUUGCUUGCUGGGGGAUUGGGCUCUGGCAACAAAAAGACCCCUACCAGGAUUUUAUAUGCAGCAGAUUGAGUAGACAGCUCUUUAUUCAAAGUCUGUUGUCAGCCAAGAACAAGCAGCAAAGUAACUUGACAAGGAUCCACUAGAAGAAGGUGUGUGAGGAGUGAGGUAUGUCCACGCUGCCCCAGCCCCUCUCCCACUGCCUGCUCAACCAGGUACACCCUGCCAUCAACCUGCCCCAGACAGGGCUAGUGACAGACAUCAAGCCCAUGAUCAGUAAUAAACCUCCCACGCAGGAGGUCAAACCAAACAUCAUAUCUACCGGCUUGCCCUAUCCUCCACUGAACGUGCCUAGCCUACCCACCAUGCCCAACGUAUCACUGCCCAGUGUCUCCGUGCCCAACGUCUCCAUGCCCAACGUCUCCAUGCCCAAUGCAUCCAUGCCCAGUGUUACCAUGCCUAGUGUGUCUAUGCCGAGUGUAUCCAUGCCCAGUGCGUCCAUGCCGAGUGUUUCCCAUCACAACCAGCAAGGUAACACAACACAACUUAAUAAUACUAAUUCCCAAAGAAUGGCACAGAUGAAGAAGUGCCCCAAUGAGUUUUUACAUCAGAAUCCACAGAGUGAACGCCAGCUUUUUUACAAUGAUGUAGCCAUGCAACUUUAUAACAGUGACUUCAACAAAUUUUCUUCCAAGAAGGAAUUUCAUGGCUACCUGUUAGAGCAACAGAAGUGGAGAUGGGAUACCCACAGCUACAUAGGAAACCUGGAGACCAGAGUUCACAACUUGCUCAUUAAUCCAAACAGUGGAGUUGCGCAGAACGUUGCACGCUACCGCAGUGUCCCAAUCAAAUGUAAAAGUGAAGAUGUGAAGCGAUGCGAGGCCACAUCCAAAGAGCUGGAGAACAUGGCAACCCGCAUUGCCAGUGUACGGCAGCAGCUGCUACACAAAAAGGGCACCUUGCUGACAUCCAGUGAUAACAGCGUUGUAGUGUGGCAGAAUGAGCUCGCCUACAUAGAACAGCUGUUUGACAGGACUGAUCAGAUGUACAAUGAGGUUUUAUCCACCCUGGCAAGUGUCAACCAGACCUUCUCCCACCUUCAAACAAGCUUCACAGCAGAGGCUGCAGAAUUGGCUGAUCGCAGGCGUCUAUGGAGGAGGAGGAAGGAAAACAACCGCAAGAGACGGAAGCGCAUGGAGAAACAACUUGAGAAAAUCGAGCAGCGAUCCUGUGAGCUUCUCUUUCACAUUACGUCCCGAGCAGCAUAUGACCGGGUACGUUCUCACCCGGAGAUGCCUCGUAUUGGACCCAGCGAGGUUAACACAGACAUGUUGAAUGGGAUAAAAUCUAAAUCCGAAGUAAGGCCUCUUAUGCACCUACUCAGCAAGGGUUAUAUGACACCUGGUGCAAUGGAGAUGGUCUCUCAAAAAAUCCAAAAACUUGAGUGUGGCAUUAAGACUGAAGCUCACCAACAGGCAACCCAGGUUGGUAUCAACUCCCUGGCAAUCAACAAAGUUACAGCACCUGCUUCAGAGCUAAAUUCCAUACUGCCUCCUGUCACUGGCAUUGCCUCUACAGCUAUGGUUUCAACAGUAAACUCUGCUGUCACACAACAAUCAGUGCCAACUGUCAAUCUGAACACUCAGUUAGCGAAGUAAAACACAAUUUUAAAGUAACUUAAGAUAAACCACAUUGCCAAGUGUUUUGACAUAGUGUAUGUUGUACUCAAUUGUAACCAGCCUUGUGUAAUGUAUGAGCUUUAUCAUUACAUGGCAAAAUGUAAAUUUAUUAUACAAGUAUUAUGCAGGAAUGUUGCAUCAGUGAAAUCACUAGAUUUUGAAAUCACUUGUUCUUACCCUAGAUGUAUAUGUACAUUUUACCUGUAAAAAAUGCAUUCACUUUGAUAUUUUAAGAAUCAUAAUCUUCUUUAUUAUUAGGAUAUAUGCUAUAUGUACUAUCCAUAGUAUGACUACACUUGGAAAGGACAUAGGUACAACAUUCUUGUAGGCUGUUAUGAAAUAUAUUGCUUUCAAUUAGUGUUUGAUUACUUGCCUUGCAUAAUCUAUUACUACAUUCAAAUUAUAAGAAUUCUUCCCAUUGCUUUUGUUCUCCAUUGAUUGUUUCUAGGACUAUCCAAGUCCAGUGACUUUGUGGAUGCUUCAUAGACAUUUAUCAUGGCUCAGUUUUCUUUGAUUCUGUGUGAUUAGAAUGUUGCCAUAAGUACAUCUUGCAAGUGAAUUAUAAAAAAGGAUAGGGUUGUUUGGAUGGUUUUAUGUUGGCAUUUCUGUCAUGUUCCUAGAUGGACCAAAAUUUAGAAAUAUGGUAACAACUAUUGUUUACAUAUGUCAGUCACUGACUGAUUAUUAUUUUUGUAUGGUAAGGCAGCAAAAUAUUAGUGAAUUUCUCUUUCUCUCCUAAUUUAAAAACUUGAAAAGAAUAAUGGGUUUUUGAAUGGCACUCACAUAGUAUCAGCUAUAAAGACAUUCCUGGUUCUCCCAUAAGUAUUACUCUGAUUUUCACUUUGCAUAGCCUGCCCAUAUCAAAGAAUUUUAUAUUGUCAUGCAGAUUUACAUGUUCUCAUGCACCUACCCUUUGCAGGUCAGGAAUGAAUAACUUCAAAUGUAUUGCUACAAGACAUUGGUUCCGUGGCAGGAUUUGAAUCCCAUACUUUUCAGUUUGAAAGCAGAGACUUACCCCCUGAUUGGAAUAUGACACCUUUGCAGCCGGUUCUAAAUUGAUCUCGGACAUAUUACUGAUAUCUCUUCUCUCAGUCAGAAUUUAAGAAAAUCAAUCCAAACCAUGUACAAUUUGCUGUAAAAGCAUUUAAUUGAGAUAUAUUCAUUGAGCAACUUCAUAUCCUGGUUAUCAUGCAAACAGAAUUAUAUGAAUUAUGUAUGGGAGAUUGAAGAUGAGAUUUAUGAAGAAAUGUACUAGGCACAUAAUGUACACUGGCUCAUUUGCAGAAUGCAAGAAGAUAUUACAUGUUGUAUUCAUGUAGAAAUGUAUAUAAAACUGUAUUAUAGUAGACAAAAAAGGUAUCGAGAUGCUUUUAAACAUUUUUUUAAAUACUUUUUUGUCAGUGACUUCUGGUGCUAUUUAUCUUUUAUUGGCUUUUGAGUUGUUUUUUUCUUUCUUUUUUUACAAAAAUUUUAUGAGAUUGGCCUGUAUUUUAAAUUCUUGUUUCACUGAUCCUUGGUUGGCUACUACUAGAGAACUCUUGUCGUAACCUACUUUUUAAGCUACAUAAGACAAAGAUGGCUAUUAAUAACACCAUGCCACAUUAUCAAUAUCGAACUGACAGCACGUUACUUGUUUUCCGUUUUGACCCUUUUGUCAUGUCUUUAAAUAUGAAGAAAACCAUUGUAGUAAGCAGCUCAAGACAGCUUUGACAGCCUGAUUGCCAAAUGUGCUGAUAUUAUGAAAUGUCUGCUGUUACAGAUUAAUGCCACUAUUGCUACCCAUCUUGUUAACUGCAGAUUUAGGCCAUGGUUUGAGUAAUCUGAGUACAAAAUUCAGGUCAUUGGGUUAAAGUGUAUGCCAUGUCAUACAAAUCUUAAAUGCCUUGAAACAUGAGGCUUUUCCAUGAAAAGUAUGAAACCAGUACAAUUGUUAUUUUUAUACUCUUUAUUACCAGGGAUUCAACUCACUGCUUUUUCUAUACCAUACAUGUAACCUUUGUAAAGCUGUGAGUUAAACAAUGAUGUUAAUGACAAGCCUGUUGUGUAUGUUCUGUUAUAAUCAUGUACACUACCAGUCACAAUUCUUUGACUCACCAUUAAAACCAGAGAAUAAUAGAUUCUGUCCACUGAAUAUAUUGCUAUCUUUUUGUCAUGUACAGGAUAAAAUGAGAUCACUAGAAUUACGAAAUGGAGAACAGAAUAUUGAAGCUUACUUGGCAGCUGUCAUUUGAUUAAACAACAGAUCUGGUAUGGAAUUAUUUUUCAAGUCAUACUUUCAUUGGAUUGGGUGAAAUAUUGUGUUGUUAAAUUAUAUUUUCAAUAUGUCUUUUUAGAGAACAAUACUUAGGGUAAUGCACAGGUGAAAUAUUGUUAAUGUUUGUUGUGAUGGAAUUCAAGGUGAUGAAAUAAUCAGAGAUGUUCUAAAUAAUUUUUUUUUUGGGGGGGGUUAGGACAGGGGAAGCUACCAAUUGCACUGUUUAUGUAGCUCACAUCCAUUUUUGGUGGCAGAAAAUGAGCUUGAUAUGAAACUGAUAAAAAAAAAAUCAAAUUAUCUGUGUUGUUUAUGAAGAUAAAAUAGACCUUGAGAUCAUCUGAUACAAUGAAUUUCAGUGUAUUUCUUAAAUUAAGUGCUAUUUAUAAUUGUUACUUUUAACCAAGGCUCCCCCCCCCCAUGAAAAUUACAGUGAUUCAUGCUUUUUCUUGGGUAAACAGAACUCUCAUCUAUUUUAAUUUACUCCAUUGGUUAUGAGAAUUCCCAGCAAGGAAUCCACCCUUGGCAAAAAGGAAAGAUACUGUUGACCCUAUUUCACCUCUCAUUUGUUUCUUAUAAAUAUUGAUGAGGACACUGCAGCGUCUUAGUUUUACUUAACUUUUGGUCUUUGACCUUGUUUACUAGAGGAAAAAAGCAAGCUACUGUAAGAAAUUAGUUUUAGAUAUUGAUGAUUUCUAACAAUGUAAUUUUGUAACAAAAAUAUGAUACAAAUAUAGGGACCUGAAGGUUAAUGUAGGUUAAAAGUCAACUAAGGUCAAAUGAAUCGGGUGAGAUACAUGAUUGAUAUUGCUUUGUAAAGAAGACAUUUCGUCAACUCUAUGACAUCAGACUACAACCUUUUAUUAGUAAAUAAAUACAAUUGAUUUACAAAGUGCUGUAAGUUCCUUAAACUAAAACAAGCACAUUUUAUACACCUUGUUGAAGUUCUUACAUCCUUUUCCUUUAACAAUAACAUAAGGGAUUUGUAAGACAUUCAUUAUGAUUAUGGCAUGGACAGCACCAUUUAUGUUUUGUGGGGUUUUUUGUGGGGGGGAAAUAACACAAUUCAUUUUGUCAAGUCUCGACCACCUUUUGGCCUGUAGCUUUGUACUAGUACCUUUUCAAGGUUUUGUGACAUUUUAUCAUGACUAGAACGUGGAUGUGCUGCACACUGCAUCUGAUCUUGGUGGCCAGCAAUGCAAUGCUUUGCUCUUUUGAGGAUAGACAGUCAACCUGCCCGAAAAUUGAUUCUUCCCUCCUGCUCUACAACUCCUCUCACUGACUCUCCAUCUCAACCAGCCUUCUACCCAAGCUCUCCACUCCUGGGUCUUGUUACAUACAGGAAUUACAACUGUUGUAACUUUGCCAUUAUGGCAACUACCAUGGUAACAUUUAUUCUGAUUGGCUAAUGAGCCCUGUUACCAUGGUAGUUGCCAUAAUGGCAAAGCUACUACAGUUGUAAGUCCUUCAUGAAACAGGCCCCUGGUUUACAUUCAUUUUAAGGACUACACCCAUUUUUUCUGAGAUAUUCUAUUUUCUAACCUCUUUAUUUCACUUCUACCUCUUUUCACCUUUAUCUCAGUCCUUUCCAAGAUUUUACACAUGGUGUGCCGUAAACCAUUUCCACGAUUGUUCACACCACCAUGCUGCGUGCAGUUUAUUUAUGAUCUUGUCUUUAUAGAAUUGCAGGCCAUGUGGGGCUGAGACGAUACUUGAGACAUAAAUUGUGAUAUUUUGUAUUUCCAUUUGUCUGAUUCUGUAUUGGAAUUAAGGCUCUUAAAUGUAGCAUUAAAAGGUAGCAUGUUAAUGAAUCAAAGUAUAUAAUCAAUAACUUUUAUUGAAGUUUCUGAGAAUCUUUUUUUUUUAAAUCUUGUUACUAGUGAAAAGUUUCCUUCUCAAAAUGUCUGUAUUGAUGUGAAUUCAAUUCAUUUUAUUCCAGUGAUUUCAACAUUUAAUUUUAUGAGACUCGCCCUUUAGCUUGUAUACAUAUGUAUCAUGAAUUUGGUAAAUUAAACUAUUUUGCAUCCUUC